AUGGGCAACCUGCCGCCCACCAAAGGCUCCAGGCUGGGGAAAGAUCUGGCGAUAGGAUCGCCAGGCUACGUGCAAUAUCUGCUCGAGAACUAUUUGGGCGAACGAAGGGGUCAUAUGUCGCUACUGUUCGAUUACACAAUCAUUCACUACGGUCCUGUCUACAUUUGGCGCUUGUUUACGGAUUCGACUGAGCACAAGAUGUGGCGCUCCAGAUUCGUGCAGUUGAUGCUGUGUGAACCCGCCCUCUUGGAGGCUGUAUUCGCGGCGGCGAGUCGAUCGAUGGGCGUCACUGCACAACCAUCGAGUGAUGUUCUUCUCGAUUCACUGGAACACUAUAACAAAGCGCUCACGCUGCUCCGGGGUAGAAUAUCAGAGCCCUCGGCAGCCUACAACGACGCAAUAUUCUGGUCGAUCAUUGCACUUCUUAUCAAUGACCAGGAACGGGAUGAUUGGCGUAGUUAUGGUGUUAACCUCCGCGGAAUCCGGCAGAUCAUAGAGUUGCGCGGUGGCCCGGAAUCGUUACGGAGUUUACGCGACCGCUCGUACAGCAUGUACUCGUGGGCGGAGUCCUGUUAUGCGAAGCACAUUGACCCAAGUGACCCGAAUUCCCCAGUCGAGCCUGAGGUAUCAUCUGAAGCUCCCGAGUUCGAAGUGCAUCCUGAGAAGGCACUUUCAUCACUACGCCAGUACUCUCCGGCUUUUUUCCGUAUUGCCAAGCAGCUUCCGUUGGCAUGCCCUACCAUUUGUGCGCUGGAAAUGACGCUGCGAUGGUUCGGUACGCAUCCAAUUUCCAAUGGGAGCGAGUUCCCCCGAGAUCAAACCAGAGUGCGCGCGAGUUUGGCCAAGACAUGGCACAUGUUGCUACGCAAAAGUGCUUCGAGGGAAAUGGAACGAUUGGUGUCUCUCGGGCUCUUCGCCUUACUUAUUGGGCUCGCUCCACUGUCAAUGGCUGAACGAUACCCACACGUCCUGACCAGAUAUACUUUAGAGCUUGAUGGCAUGAUUGUUACGGCCGCGUUUGAAGACUGCGCUCUCUGGACAGGCCUGGUUCUCGCCUCGAUGCCUCUCAACGUUGGCCUUGUGCCCAAGUCUCGGUGGAUGAUCCUCCAGCAUGUGAUUUCGCAGAUGGCAGUCAAGCGAGACUGGGAAGAGAUUAGAGACAUCGCCGGCCAGUUUUACAUGACAGAGGCUCUAGAAUCUCAAUGGCAGGAGUGCUGGGAACUCGCUGCUAGCAAAUUCUCUUGA